AUGUUAGAUAGGCUAGAAAUUCAAAAUGCCAUUUCCAUUAUUCUUAGCAAUCACACCAAGAGCAUGUAGAUUUUCUGUGAUGGAAUCAAUAUUCCUUUUCACUUAUCUCAUAGAAUUAGCAGAUAGAUACUAUCCUCCAUCAAGUUAAGCUACUUUAUUAUCCAAAAAUACAAAAAAUCACUUAAAACAAAAUCACUUAACCUCCGUCAAGUCAUUUUCAGUCAGGUAACUUUAAAUCUAGUGUUAAGUAGCUUAAAACGGGAGAGAUUGAGAAAAUCUAUCAAAAUGGAAGCUUUAUUAAUGUUUUUCAAGUUAGUUGUAAAUAAUGUGGUUAUAGUGAUGAUGUUUGUUUCGAAAAACAUAAUUAACUUAUUAAUGAAGGUAGAAUUGAAUUUUUUGAUAAGUAAAAAUAUGACAGCUAAUCAUAAUUUUUAUAAAGAAAAAAAUAAAAAAGACAGCAAUAAAGAAUUUAUCAAUAACUUUAAAGAUAAAAAAAAUAUGUUAAUAAACCCAAAAUAAGCAGAUAAUAUAAUAUUUAUAUGA